AUGGAGGAAAAGAAAGCCAUUGAACCGGUUGAAAGGAAAAAGGGUGGUUACAGAACCAUUCCCUUAAUCAUAGCAAACGAGACCUUUGAAAAGGUUGCAAUAGUGGGGCUUCGUGUAAACAUGAUAUUAUACCUGCUACAGGAGUAUCAUUUUGACCCUGCAACAGCAGCUAUUGUAAUAUUCCUGUGGAAUGCCUUCACCAAUUUUUUGCCCAUCUUUUGUGCUUUUCUUUCUGAUUCUUGGCUUGGACGAUUCUGUGUUAUUGCACUGGGAACAGUCAUCCACCUAAUUGGAUUACUUGUGCUGUGGCUCACUGCUAUUAUUAGGCAUGCAAGGCCUCGAUGUGAUGUAGAACCUUGUGCAAAUCCAACAGGGUGGCAACUCCUGAUUCUUUUCUAUUCCCUUGCUCUCAUGGCUCUUGGAGCCGGUGGCAUUAGGUCAUGUACCUUAGCCUUUACUGCGGAUCAAAUCAACAACCCUGAAAACUCACAAAACGAGAGGACCAUGAAGAGCUUCUUUAAUUGGUAUUAUGUUUCGGUUGGCCUUUCGAUAACGAUUUCAAUGACAUUUAUAGUGUACAUUCAAGUUACAGCAGGGUGGAUUGUGGGUUUUGGAAUUUCCAUGGGGAUUAUGUUAUUUUCAGCUAUCUUAUUUUUCUUGGGUUCUUCUAUAUAUGUCAAAGUGAAACCAAACAAGAGCUUGCUCACUGGCUUUUCCCAAGUGAUUGUAGCAGCUUGGAAAAAUAGACACUUACCUUUGCCUCCAAAGAACGCUGACAUUUGGUAUUUCCACAAUGGCUCUAACUUUGUUCAACCGACAGAUAAAGUAAGGUUCUUGAACAAGGCUUGCAUGAUUCAGAACAAAGAGAAGGAUUUGGACUGUAAAGGGAUUGAGCCAUGGAGUGUCUGUACUGUAAGACAAGUAGAGGAGUUGAAAGCCAUAAUCAAAGUCCUUCCCAUUUGGUCUACUGGCAUCAUACUUUCUACUACCAUAAGCCAACAAUCAUUUUCUGUGGUCCAGGCAGAAACCAUGAACCGAGUGGUGUUCAAUAUGGAUAUCCCACCCACCAGCUUCACUGCCUUUAUUAUCCUUACUUUGACCCUGUGGGUGGUUGUGUAUGAUCGCCUUAUAGUUCCCUUGUUACCUAAGGAGCGAGUACUCACUGUCAAACAACGAAUGGGAAUUGGACUAGUGAUCUCAUGCUUGGCCACUAUAGUGGCAACAUUGGUAGAGAAGAAGAGAAGAAACGAAGCCAUAAGGGAAGGGUUUAUAGACAACCCCAAAGGAGUGGUGAACAUGUCUGCCAUGUGGUUGGUGCCUCAAUACUGCCUCUAUGGUUUAUCACAAGGUCUAAAUUUCAUUGGACAAAUUGAGUUUUAUUACUCUCAGUUUCCUAAAACAAUGUCUAGUGUUGCUGUUUCUCUAUGUACCCUGGGCCUUGGAGUAGGAAACUUGGUGGGAAGCCUCAUUGUGAAGGUUGUCAAAGAUGGAACAGAGAGAGGAGGAAAAGAUAGUUGGUUAGCAUCAAAUAUUAACAGAGGACACUUUGAUUACUACUAUGGGCUACUUUUCAUUCUAAAUUUGGUUAAUUUGCUAUGCUUUUGCAUAUGGAGCAGGGCUUAUGGGAGCACUAAUGAUAUAAAAUUUUGGGAUGAAGAGUUUGACACAAAAUUGAUAUCAAAGAAAAAGAUGAACCCAGAGAAAUGA